AUGGUGCGAGUCCGCGAUGCGGUUAUUAACAUUUUUGAUUUCCCGGAGUUGUACAUUAUGUGGCUGGCUUCUCCCGUGGAUCCUUCUGUUACUUCUUAUCUGAUUAAUUUAGCAAAUACCUUCCACGACCGCCUUGGUGCUGCAGCAGCAGACACGGGAGCACGAGAGCUGCCAGCAGAAGAGGCCGCGCUGCUGCAGCGCAACCGCAUGCUGCUGCAACUCUACAUGGCUCAGGAUCAGAAAGAGCAAACGCCUGCUGGUGCUAACGCAGCAGCUACCCACCUUUCAUCCAGCCAGGAACCUACACCCACUGCUACUACUGCAGCUGCGAAUGCAGCAGCAGCAGCAGCGGCAGGAGCAGCAGCGAGCCCUCGCCUUUCUGGGGGAACCCUUUCUGGAGGGCCCCCUUCCGAGUCGGGAGCGGGAGGGGGCCCCGCUUCUGCUGCUGCUCCUGCUGCUCCUGCUGCUGCUGCUGCAGGCUACAAGGAGGAGCUGCUGCAGGUGGCAGGGGUUGGCUUGGUGGACUUUACUCUCCCCGACGGAGUCAAAUUCGAUAAGAGCAAACUGGCCUUCCGCUGUCUCUGGCGAGAAGGCACAGCGCCUGUACGGCAGCAGCAGCAGAUGAUACUGCAGCAGCAACUGCAGCAGCAGCAGGGCAUGGCCUCACCGAAGACUCCGGCAGCGUCAGGGGGAGCGACCAAGUGGGCAGGGGGUCCCUCACUUAGUAGCAGUGGCUUCAAGCAGCAGACGCUGCAGCAGCAAAACCGCAGCAGGACAUUCAGCUGCCGCAAAUACGGCCUCUACCAAAGCAAAAUCUUAGCGCUACAGGCACGAUUAGCUUCUGAGUUACUGAUCCCGCAGCCGCCUGCGCCUUCCCGCAGCCGCAUCCCGGCCUUGCCGGCAGUUGUCUUUGGCCUGCUGCCUCUGCCAGAACCAAUGGAAUCGGCUGUACAGGCAGUCGAGGGGGUUCCUCUAGAUCCUGGGGAUCGAUUGCUCCGCAAGCAGCGGUGGCAGCUGCUCCUGCAGCAAGGAGGCUGGAGAGGAGGCUGCCCCCACCCGCACUUCGCUGAAGCUGCUGCAGAUGCUGCAGAGGCCCUUGUAGGGGAUCCUGCUGGACAACCGCGAAACAAUAACAAAAGAAAAAGACAUACAAGCGCACCCCCCAAAUCUGGAACCAACCAGCAACAACAGCAACAGCAGCAACAACAGCAACAGCAGCAACAGCAACAACAGCAACAACAGCAACAGCAGGAAAUAGCUCCUGUGGGCUCGAAUAUGGGCUCAGACGAUGCCAAUUCUGUGCUUUCCUCCAUCCCUAAUGAACAUGCUGCCGCUCCUACCUGGGCGGGAGGGCCAUGCAUGCCCUCGGUGGGGCCGCCGGGGGGCCCAGCCCCAGGGGCCCCUGUGGGCCCCUUGGACUGUGGGGCCUGUUGGGUGCUGCAGCCUAUGGACAGCACGGAGGGUGCAACUGCAGCAGCAGGAGCAGCAGGAGCAGCAGCGCCUAGUGCUGCUUCCGUUGCUGCCUUAGGGUCUCGUUCUCUGUUGAGUUGUGUGUGGGAGGAAAAUGCCAACCGCUGGAGGGUGACUGUGGGAGAGGCAGAGGAAGUACGGCCCUGCAGCACAGGGGCCCCGCACGCAGCGGAGGGAGGACCUGCGGUGCCCCCGGGGGCCACCGGGGGCACUGGUGCCCCUUCUGUGCGCUGCCGUGUAAAGAGAAGCUGCUUUUUUUACUCCGCUGCUGAUGGCAUGAAGAGGAAAGGAGCACUGCUGCUGGCUCGCCGCUGGGCUGCCUGCCAGAUGCUGCUAGGGGAGCAGCUCUGUGUCUUGGGGGCCCCUGUACAGGGUACAGAGACAGCUAUGGAAUUCUUGCAAAGGGCCCCCUGGCUGUGGACUGCUGCUGACGAGGGGGACGUCGCAACUCUUACGAGGCUGGGGCCCCAGCAACUGCAUGCAGUCGCCCUUAACGCAGAGGCAGAAGGAGCAGCAGGCUUCCCCGCAGCAGCAGCUGCUGCUGCCGUUGCUGCCGGUGCUUCUGCUUCAGUCGCUCCCGAUACAGCGCGGCUUCCCCCCAACAGCCAAGGCGCUGCAUCGCACUUUCAGUUUAGCGCUACCUCGGAGGGUACGGGGGCCCCUGGGACUGCGGCGCCCCCAGGGGCCACUCAUGUUUCCGGUUCGGAGAACCCUGCCUGGGGAGAGUGGAGCAGUUCGCAGAGUUGCAUGCAGCAGGGGCCCUCCUUUGGGUCUGUGGGAGCCCCCUGGGCCCCCCCCGUGGCGGACGGAGGAGGGGAGGAGAGCGGCGGGGGCGGCCCCUGUGGGCCCCCCACAGGUUCUGGGAAGAAGGGGAAGCAGAGGAUACGGCCGCCGCGUCCUGUGCCACCCUUAGAUGGAGCAGCAGCAGAAAGGCAGCGGUCUCAAAAAGCUGCUGCUGCUCGGGUGCGGUGGAUGCGUUAUCGGCUGCAGCAGGGAGCAGCAGAUGCUCAGCAGCAAAACUCCACAAUUGCUGCUUUAAGUGAGAAGCCCAACGUACACCGCAACAUAUUCAACUCUAUCCCUGCCUUCUUCCCCAUGUAA